AAGUAGAGAUCCAAGUUGGGACCUACAGUUGGGCCAAUUCUAAAGUUGGACGGACAUGUGUACAAGUUGGUAAAAGCUGUGCAUGUUGUUUGUACACAGCACACGCAUGUACACCCUACACAGACACACUACAUAAUGUGUAUGCUAGGUUAGAAUAAAACACGUGAAUAGAGCAGUAAGUUAUAAAGCAGUACAACGUAAUUAACGUGGUAGACAUGAUAAUUAACACAGAAGAUAUGCAGAAACAUUUCCAAAGCCACAGCAGAACGAAAGAGUUAAGUGGAAAUCAUACAGCCAAAGUGCAUUCAGUAGGAUGGAGCUGCGACGGCAGGCUACUUGCAUCUGGGUCUUUUGACAAGACUGUCAGCGUAUUUCUUAUGGAAAGGGACAGACUGACAAGAGAAGCAACAUAUCGUGGUCACACAGACAGUGUUGACCAAUUGUGUUGGCAUCCAUUUCAUCCAGAGCUUUUUGUCACAGCAUCAGGUGAUAAGACUAUCCGUAUUUGGGAUGCAAGAGCCAAUAAGACAAUUACAACAAUUAAUACAAAAGGUGAAAAUAUUAAUAUCUGCUGGAGUCCUGAUGGCCAUACCAUUGCUGUUGGUAACAAAGAAGAUCUUGUUACCUUUGUUGAUGCUAGGUCCCAACGUAUAAAGACAGAGGAGCAGUUUAAAUUUGAAGUCAAUGAGAUUUCAUGGAAUAAUAAGAAUGACUUAUUUUUCCUCACAAAUGGCCAUGGAUGCAUCAAUGUUUUAAGGUAAAGUUAAUUUCAAUGAAUCUAUUCUAUAAUAAGGGAAU